AUGGAUCAGAUCAUAGAGGCCAAUGAGUUCCAAGGCUUGUCGCGGUGGAGGAGAUCUUUGCUGGCUAUACUACAGCAUGUCUCAUGCGCCCAGGUUCCAGACGGCACUAGUUUCAGGGAUGGAGAUAUCGCCGUGACUACCGGGAGGCGCUCCAAGGUCUGUUUCGCACGCAGCUGUCUGUGGUCCAAGUCAGUGGACGCUGUCUAUGUUGCAUACAGGCUCUCAUUGGACUACAGUGACUUGGAUCAGAGGAUAAUUAAGUCAGGUAUGGAGGACAUGGAGAGAGGUACCUGUGUGCGUUUUGUUCCGUGGACACAUCAGAGGGACUACCUGGAUAUCCAGCCUAAGUCGGGGUGUUGGUCGUACCUCGGGCAGCGUGGUGGCCGACAGACUUUAUCUCUACAGUCUCCUGACUGUAUGUUGUCUGGAGUGGCCUCCCAUGAACUCAUGCACGCCCUGGGCUUCGUGCACGAACAUUCCCGCAUCGACCGCGACAACUAUGUCACUGUCCUGUGGGAGAACAUUUGGAAGGAUCGCGUACGGAACUUUGAGAAGUUCAAAACCAACUCUCUGGACGUUCCCUAUGACUACGACUCCAUCAUGCACUUUGGAAUGUAUUCCUAUUCAGAAGAUGGAGAUCCUACCAUCAAACCUAAGAGGACGAACCAGAAACCUCAUCUGGGGCAGAGGACCGGUCUCAGUCAACUGGACAAAAUUAAGAUUAACAUUCUCUACAAAUGUGAAACCCUGGAGGAUUAGAACAAUCAACAGUGAAACUAUA